AUGUAUAGCUUCAUUGGUAUUUGGCUCCUCAUGGCUCGUGUUAAAAAGUUGAGAAUAAAGGAAUAUUGGUCCAGAGGUGUACUUUUACAUUUUCGUGACAACUCGGCCAAUCUCGGAGAUGACAGUUCGUUUAAAAUUAGGAAAAUAAUUGAUACAGUUCGUGUGGCGUUCCGCAGUGCAUUUAAUCCAUACAGAAAACUCUGUGUCGAUGAAAGCCUAUUAUUGUCCAAAGGUCGCUUAUCUUUUAAGCAAUACAUUUCUUCAAAACGAAGUAUAUUUGGAAUGAAAACAUUCGUGUUGUGCGACUGUAAAAUUGCUUACGUCGUGGAUUUCAUUGUAUACACAGGUACAACAAAAGAAAUUGAAGUCCAUAAUUUGGGGAAAUCUGGUAAUAUUGUGGCAACACUAAUGAAGCCAUACCUUGAACUUGGACAUACCCAGUAUGUCGACAAUUGGUGUACAUGUCCAUCCUUGUUCCUCUGGCUUCACAACCAGAGAACAGCAGCAUGCGGUACUGUACGUAGGAACAGGAUCGACUUUCCGAAGCUACAAAAGCAACUGAAACAAGGAGAAAUUGAGUUUAUGUCAAUUGACGCAAUGCUUGCCAUCAAGUAG